CCCACUUCGAAUUCCACUCGAUCGGCAAUGGCUCUUCAGGCGACCUCUUUCUCCCUUCACAAUCUUGUAAACUUGCCGGCGAAGACCGCCGGCUCUUCCAUGGAUUCCGGCCUCUUUGGGGUUUCACUCUCCGACCACCGCAAACUUGAUUUUACUUCAUCAUCUUCAAGAACCAAGAUGGAAUUUACUCGAAGAAGGGCGUUCAGAACCCAAGCCGUAGCCACCACAGCUCCGGCGGUGAUCUGGACAGCACCGGAGGGGAAGAAAACAUUGAGAAAAGGAAGUGUCAUCAUCACCGGAGCUUCCUCCGGUUUGGGUCUAGCGACGGCGAAAGCUUUGUCGGAAACCGGAAAAUGGCAUGUGAUUAUGGCUUGCAGAGACUUUCUUAAAGCCGAAAGAGCCGCAAAAUCCGCCGGAAUGUCGAAAGAGAAUUACACAGUGAUGCAUUUAGACCUUUCGUCUUUGGAAAGCGUCCGGCAAUUCGUCAGAAACUUCAAACAAUCCGGCAGACCACUCGAUGUGUUAGUCUGCAACGCCGCCGUGUACCAGCCGACGGCUAAAGAACCCACCUUCACCGCCGACGGAAUCGAGCUUAGCGUCGGAACCAAUCAUCUUGGUCACUUUCUUCUUUCAAGAUUAUUGCUUGAUGAUUUGAAGCAAUCUGAUUACCCAUCAAAGAGACUCAUUAUCGUUGGAUCAAUCACCGGAAACACCAACACUUUGGCCGGAAAUGUACCUCCGAAGGCGAACUUAGGGGAUAUGAGGGGUCUCGCCGGAGGUUUGAAUGGGCUAAACAGCUCCGCCAUGAUCGACGGCGGAGAUUUUGAUGGUGCAAAAGCGUAUAAAGAUAGCAAGGUGUGUAAUAUGCUUACCAUGCAGGAGUUUCACCGGCGAUAUCAUGAAGAAACCGGCAUCACGUUUGCUUCAUUGUAUCCCGGCUGCAUCGCCACCACCGGCUUGUUCCGGGAACACAUUCCACUUUUCCGGCUACUGUUUCCUCCAUUCCAGAAGUUCAUCACUAAAGGGUACGUCUCCGAAGAAGAAUCCGGCAAGAGACUUGCACAGGUUGUGAGUGACCCAAGCUUGACGAAGUCUGGUGUAUACUGGAGCUGGAACAAGGACUCGGCUUCGUUCGAGAAUCAAUUGUCCGAAGAAGCAAGUGAUGUGGCCAAGGCUCGUAAGGUGUGGGAGAUAAGCGAGAAACUUGUGGGGUUGGCUUAAAUUCAAUUCGCCAUUGAUGAAGAAGGAAGGUUCGGUUGCAACCGAACGUAGAAUUUGGUGCAGUUGACAAGUUUUGUGACGUAAAUUUAGUCUAGUUUCAAUAAAAAAAAUCACUCGCCUUCUUCUUUUGUU